GAUUACACUUGUUGCAUCACCUGCGCUAAACAUUGAACCCGGGGCGAAGGCUAGCUCGCUAGCCGUGUGAACGACCUAGUUCACAGCAGCAAGCGUUCGCGUUACAUCACCGUGGGUCGUGUCCCACCUGGGAAACAGAGGUCCGAACAAGCGAAACGCGUCCCCGAUUUUUGCAGUAGAUACUGGGACACGUCAAAGUGAAUCUGUUAAAACGAAAGCGAUAGUGACUUAGCGGAAUUGUUUUCCAGAAGGGGACUGUCUCAGGACGCGAGUGGUUUCAUCGUGCCUUGGUUUUGAGCCAAAGGAAGAGUUAUGUCCUGUCCAUGCACCUCGGCUGCCAGGUUGUUCCUAAACACUGCUCACAGAGGAUUGUCCUGCUCCCGCAUUCAGUUCUUUUCUCUGAGUCGUCAGGGGUCUCGGGAAACUCAUGUUCCUACCCAGGUGCGGGUGAGGUCAUUUUCAGAGACUGCUCUCUGCUAUGCCUCUAAAGAUGGGACCACGAAGGACACUGGAAGUGAUGGUGGAAAGAAAAGCAUCAGUGAGGGGAAGAGACUCUCUGGCUCUGGAGGAUCGGGCAAGGGGGGAAGUCAGCUGCGCUGCCCUAAAUGUGGAGAUCCAUGCACGCACGUAGAGACCUUUGUGUCAUCAACACGAUUUGUCAAAUGUGAGAAAUGCCAUCACUUUUUCGUGGUUCUGUCUGAAACGGACUCUAAGAAGGGGCUAAACAAAGAGCCAGAAUCUGCUGCGGAGGCAGUGAAACUGGCAUUUGCACAGAAACCUCCCCCUCCCCCCAAGAAGAUAUAUGCUUAUCUCGACAAGUACGUUGUUGGCCAGUCCUAUGCAAAAAAGGUGUUAGCAGUUGCAGUAUACAAUCAUUACAAGCGCAUCUACAACAACAUUCCUGCUGGGAGUCGACAGCAGGUUGAGGUGGAAAAACAGCCGUCACUAACGCCUCGUGAGAUAGAGAUGAGAAGACGAGAGGAUGAAUACAGAUUCACAAAGCUGCUGCAGAUUGCAGGGAUCAGUCCUCAUGGAAAUGCGCUGGGAGCGUCCAUGCAGCAGCAGGCGAGCCAGCAGGCACCUCAGGAGAAGAGGGGCGGAGAGGUCCUGGACUCCACCCACACUGACAUUAAACUGGAGAAGAGCAACAUCAUACUUCUAGGCCCAACUGGCUCAGGAAAAACAUUGUUGGCGCAGACACUUGCUCGUUGUCUGGAUGUUCCCUUCGCAAUUUGCGACUGCACCACACUAACUCAAGCUGGAUACGUGGGAGAAGACAUCGAGUCGGUUAUUGCUAAGCUGCUGCAGGAUGCCAACUACUCGGUGGACAAAGCACAGCAAGGUAUUGUGUUUCUGGACGAGGUGGAUAAGAUUGGCAGUGUGCCAGGAAUCCAUCAGCUGAGAGAUGUAGGUGGAGAAGGAGUCCAGCAGGGUUUGCUUAAACUUCUGGAGGGCACAAUUGUCAAUGUUCCUGAGAAAAACUCCAGGAAACUGAGAGGAGAGACGGUGCAGGUCGACACAACAAACAUCUUGUUUGUGGCAUCAGGUGCCUUCAACGGACUCGACAGAAUCAUCAGCAGAAGAAAGAAUGAAAAGUAUUUGGGUUUCGGAACUCCUUCCAACAUGGGGAAAGGGCGGCGUGCGGCAGCUGCAGCAGACUUGGCCAACAGCAGCGGUGAGACGGACGCGGUGGCGGAGAUCGAGGAGAAGGACAGACUGCUGAAGCACGUCGAGGCCAGGGACCUGAUUGAGUUCGGCAUGAUCCCAGAGUUCGUCGGCCGCCUUCCUGUGGUCGUUCCUCUGCACAGCCUGGAUGAAGAAACGCUCGUCCGAAUCUUGACUGAACCGCGCAACGCUGUAGUGCCCCAGUACCAGGCUCUUUUCAGCAUGGACAAAUGUGAUCUCAACGUGACUCUGGACGCCCUGAGGGCCAUAGCCCGGAUGGCUCUGGAGAGGAAAACUGGAGCUCGCGGGCUCAGAUCCAUCAUGGAAAAGCUCCUUCUCGAGCCCAUGUUCGAGGUGCCGCACUCUGACAUCAUGGCUGUUGAGCUGAACAAAGAAGUUGUCCUAGGGAAAUCCCAGCCCAGAUAUAUCAGAGCUCCAGCCAAGGAGACGGCAGAGGAGGAAUACGACUCGGGCAUCGAAGAGGAGAACUGGCCUCGACAGGCGGAUGCUGCUAACAACUGAACGUGUCACUAAUUUCAGGAAAAGACAUUAGAUUAUAAGUAACCCUUGGAUGCCAACCCCGGGUGUGAUUAUAGCCCCUGUCAUACAGUCUGUGGACAUUGUGUAGAGGUAAUGAAGGCCGCUGGUUCUCAGCGAGGAGCGUUUUCACCAUGAACAAGUUUAAAGUGUAACAACCUUUUGGUCCCGUGCAUCAGAUGUUAAUUCUCUAGUGGUGCACUCGGUGCACACGGUUGACCUUUAUACAAUAUUUCAAUCUCUGGGGAUUGUUAACAAUUUUAUCUAUAUAAAGAUAAUGCUAUUUUAUUCAUGAAAGGAUAUAUAGCUAGUUUAUUUGUUUUCUUUUUUUUGUGGUGAUGGGCUGUAAUGGCAAAGGAAGCAAAUGGAUAUUAUGGGAUCACACUGUACACUUGAAAACGUGGGCUGCUGAGAAAGUGUAGACGUGAUGUUACCAUGUCGAGUGAUGCCUUGUAUCAGAAGGGCAUAAUAUUCCAAAAGCACAUCAAUAUUUUUAUGUUGUUUUUUUUCUUUUACCACCAUUGUAAUAAUGGUGCCCACAGUGACAUUGGGCUGUAAAUGUUGAGCUACACUGCUUCGGUAGCAUUUGUAAGCAGUUUGUAUGACAUGGCCUCAGAUUAGGAGAAAAACAUUGUGAAGCAUAAUGCACCAGCACACUUGACAGAGCAGGUAAAAUAUAAUGGUGACCUUUUUAAAACAGCCAGAAUGGUUAUUUUUCAGUGUUUCGCUUCCUCCUCUGGCCCACCCUUUAGGGAAUGUACACGUUUGUACUCGCAGACCUCACAGGAUUAGCUCAGAUUGCUGUUAAACGAAGCAGGAUUAUCAGGUGACCUUGUGGAUUUAAGUUUUAAUGAAAUAUACUCUGAUCAAUUUUUUUUGUUUAGUUUUGUGCUAUCCUCCAAUAUUCAUGACUGAAAACUAUUCCUAAAGCAGAUAUCUAAACAGAAUUUUCACCAAUUUCAGUCUUUUCUCAAACAGAUCAUCUCUCUGCUGCUUUGUGAAGCACCCUCACAACAGCAGGUGUUUUUACUUUCUUUGUUUGUGCCCCAGCACUUGAAACUCACUUCACCUGUAGUGAUGUAAUAUCCUGUUAUUAAAUGGCACCUCAAAUCACAUGUCUGUAAUCAACCCCCCCCCUCGCCGAAAGAACCACGCUGCUGUACUCUGCUGUGUGCUAUAGAAAGAUUAAACUAGAUCCUUCUCUGAUUGCUUUAAGUUGUCACUUCAAAACUGCUUUUCGUUUUCAGAGGUCUGUUACAGAACCUGUAAACAACCCAAUUUUGUCAAUCUUAAAAUAUAUUGUGAUUGUUUAAAAUAUAAAUAAAAUGUGUAUCUCUGUACAAAAUUUUAA